AUGAUAUACAAGCUUAAUAGACCUACAUCAUUAUUGGGAUUGGCUAGUGUUGGUAGCUCAAAACAAUGGAGUGGUCAUUGGAGGGUCGAUACCAUUGUUGGGGAUGGAUUGAAUAGUACCAACAGUUUCAGUGUCAAGUCGAGAAAUGCUGGUUCUCUAGUGAAAAAAUUCUACGAUUCGAAUAAUAGAACCACAAUCUCACAAUUAGACAAUAGACUUAUGUUUCUAUUAUAUUACUAUUCAACUAAUCAAAAAAAAAUGAAAUUACAAACGUUUGCCAUUCUGUUAUUGAACUGUUUGUUGUUUGGUGUUGCUUUACAAGCAAAUCAAGAGCCGUUCAGUAAUGAAGUACUCAUGGAUUUUGGUCAUAGUUGGACCGAUCCAAUAACUGGAAGUACAUCUUUUGUGAUGGAAGCCCAAUCUACAAAGGAGAAACUUGCUGAUGGAUGUUAUGAUUGUAGAUUUUUCAUUCUGCCUAAUCCUGUUAUUCCAAAUGAACUUGUUGUUGACUAUUUAGAAAAUCAUGUCGUCUAUACUUUUCCAAUAGUUUUUUAUCAUGACGAAAUGUGGGCUAAAGGAGUUGAAGAAAUUAAUAAUUUCUACAAACGAACCUAUCCAAAAUUUAACAUUCAGAAAUCAAACCUUCACAUGUUUGUUUUGGAGGUAUAA